AAAUUGGAAAUUACAGUCGUUGCCCUACGCCCAUUGUGUGUGGGUGCGACUAUAAAUUCUUCAAAUCAUCAACUUCUUACAUCCAUUGCAGCGGCGCAGUCGAACCCUAAAUCUCUAUUAAGGUCGUUUAGAUCGCCUGCGAAAGAUGUCGGUAGGCGAACUCGCUUGCACCUACGCGGCUUUGAUCCUUCACGAUGAUGGAAUCGCCAUCACUGCGGAGAAGAUUUCCGCGCUGGUGAAGUCGGCGAAUGUGAAUGUGGAAUCAUAUUGGCCGAGCUUGUUCGCGAAGCUUCUGGAGAAGAGAAACGUUGAAGAUCUCAUCACGAACGUCGGCUCUGGUGGUGGUGGCGCUCCGGUCGCUGCUGUAGCGGCCGCUCCGGCUGGCGGUGCUGCUGCCGCUGCCCCUGCGGCAGAGGAGAAGAAGGAAGAGCCGAAGGAGGAGACCGAUGAUGACAUUGGAUUCAGCUUGUUCGAUGACUAGAACCCUCUAUCAGUAUGAUCUACCGAGAUACAGCUUGUUUGAUUAGAACUCUGUUUUUCUGUGAUCUAUUUUUUUUUUGUUCGUUGAGCAUCUUAGGAUGGUUAAUUGUUUAGGCACUUCAAAUACUAUUGUGAAGUUUCGACUUUUCUCUUAGUGGAAUAUUCAGAUUUUGGAUAUGAUUAUUGUCAGUAUGCUUUUGAGA